CACACAAAAAUAUUUGCAAUGGCAAAGCUUUUUCUUCUAUGUUCUCUUUCCCUUUGCUCUCUACUCUUCAUGAGUGCUUGCUACUGCUUAGCUAUGCCUUACAGUCACAUACCGUGCCAGCUCGACAACCUCACCACAUUGGAACCUGAUCACCGCAUUGUGUCCGAAGGUGGUGUGAUUGAGACAUGGAACACCACCCACCCCGAGCUACAUUGUCUUGGUGUGGGUGCUGUCGUCAGGGGCGGACCCACGUGUAGGCUAGGUGUGGCUUUAGCCACACCAGAUUUUUUAAUUUUUUUUUGUUAAUAUCGUUUAUAGCGGCGGUUCUGGAACUGCUGCUAAAAGUUUUGUGUUAAUGUAUGGCGACGGUUGAAAGCGCCGCCAUAGCUUAAUAAGUAAAAAAUCAAAAUUCACGGUUAACAUCAAAUUAGAACGCGGUUUUUCUUUCUUUCUUUCUUCCAUUGUUGCUUUUUGGCAUACAUCAACUUAAAAUCAUUUUCCCCAAAAAUUGAAAACCCACCAAUCUUCACAUUCCUAAAUUUCUCAUCAUAUGGAGAACCCUGAUCACCGCAUCAAUCAACCACAAUUCUAUUUCUAUUUUUUUUUAAUUUUCAAUUUUCAAAGAUUUUUUUUGGUUUACGAACUUGUUGCACGCGUUGAGUUGGAUUGAUUUUUUGGGUGAGAAUUUUUGCUUGUGAACUCAGCAGAUCUGAGUUCUUUGAUGGAACCAUGUGGGGUUUGGAGCUACCUCCGUUUGUUUUUGCUGAUGAGUUUUCCUGUUUUGAUUGUUGAUUCGUGUCUCUAAAUUUUGGAAUGUUAAAUUAGCAACAUUGUAAUGUUUUCUCCAAAAAAAAGCAAAAUUUGUUCUUUUUACUGCACAAAUUGGUCUUAACUUUUCUUGGUUGAAUAAAAUUUUGUGUUUUUCAUGUGAGAUUAUAGCUACUUCUUGCUUAAUAACUAAUAUAAUUUUUACUUUAUAUUUUAGUCUAUAAUUUAUUUUAUAUUUAGCCUCACCAAUAUAUAAUGUCUGGAUCCGCCCCUGGCUGUCGUCAAGCGCACUAUCAACCCCGCAAGCCUUCUCUUGCCAUACUACACUAAUUAUCUUGAAUUCCAUUACAUCAUCCAAGGUGAGGGAGUAGCCGGGAGUGUAGUUCCUGGUUGCGCAAAUCGCAUGAUCAUUCACUUCCGACGUGGUGAUGUCAUCGCAAGCUACCCUGGAGUACCUUUUUGGGCUUACAACAAAGGCAAGCAACAAGUUGUUGCCAUCAGUGUUGGCUUCAUCAACUCCGCAAAUCAGCUUGGUGUUAUCCCUAAAAGAUUCUAUCUUGCUGGGAAUAAUACAGAAGAGAAUUUCAACCUGGAUCACAACGUGUUCAGCGGCUUGGACACAGGGUUAUUAGAAGAAGUGCUAAACGUAAAUGAAGACAUUGUAAGAAAGAUACAAUCUGAAGAUCCAAGGGGCCAAAUCGUAAAAGUGCAAGGACAAUUUACCAGCAUUUCAAGUUCACACCAACCAAUAACUACACAAGAAAGGAAUAAGCACCAAAGUGGGUACCAUGAAGCUUGCACCUUCAAGUGUUAUGUGAACAUUAUUGAUAACUCUUCAUACACCCUCUAUAAUCCAAGAGCUGGUCGCUUAUCCACCGUUAACAACUUCAACCUCCCGAUCCUCCACCUAUUAAAGUUGAGCGCCCGACAUCUUGUCCUUUAUAAGAAUGGAAUAGCUUCUCCGAGCUGGGAGAUGAACGGACAUAGAGUGAUGUACGUGAUUAGAGGUCAUGCAAAGGUUCAAGUGGUGAACUCCGAAGGCAACUCAGUAUUCGAAGGUGAAGUCACAAAAGGACAAGUUUUGGUGAUCCCUCAGGGCUUUGUGGCGACAAAACAAGCAGGAAGUGAGGGAUUUGAGGCCAUAGAGUUCGUCACGAAUGAAAACUCCAUGUUUGUGUCCCUCGUUGGGAUGCAUUCAUUGCUGAGAUCCAUUCCUGUAGAUGUUCUUGCCAAUGCAUACAGGCUUAACCCAAAUGAAGUGAGCGCACUCAUGUUCAACCAAACCCAGGGACCUCUAGUUAACUAUUAGCCCCGUCAGAUCCUAUUAGGUUCAGUAUGGGACGGGUACUAGAAUAAUGAAAAUUGUAAUGUUAUAUGGCUCUAGCUAAAUGUUACUUGCUUAUGCUCAAGUAACAUUGAUCAUUUAAAUAAAACGUGACUUCAAAGAAUUUUAAUAAAGUGAUAUUGUAUGGCACUAGCUAAAUGCAUGUUACUUGCUAGCUGUGUUUUUCUCUUUGAUUAUAAUUAAAGUAAGAAACUUCAAGCAGUACUC